CAUCUUUGAUCUUGCUCCUCACCCCAAGGCACCUUUACUCUGCCUUCAUCUCCAGUGGUUGAGAGUGGGGGUGAUGAGUGGGGGCUGGAGAAGAGAUGGCAGGGCAGCCAGCCCAGGCUCCUGCGGCCACGCGGGGUCACACAGCUCGGCUUGAGGUCAGCGCUGAAGAGAGAAUGUGGGCGAGGCUGCAGAGGCCGGGGCGCGUGCGUGCUCUCUCAGGGCCUCCAGAGCCUUCAGAGCGGGGUUCUCGGCAGGGCCGGUCCUGGGGAUUACUGCACUUCACGGGGAGAAGGGCUUGCUGUGAUUUGUGCUUGCUUCUCGCUGCGGCCACCAGCUCAGAACAGCGCAGAUGGAUGAAGCUUUUCCUUCCCGGCGGUGCAGAGGAGGAGUGGAGCCCCGCGGCUUGCUCAGCUGGGCUGUGGGGGCUCUGAGAACCGCUGCUCGGUGUUUCUGGGAGCCCCUCUGGCGCCUGACAGCUUGGAAGUGUUCAGGGAGAGCAUCGAGCGGAGGAGGUGUGUGCUGAGGUGGGCAGUCGCCGCCUGGGCUGCAGAGAGGGCCGCGGCUUUGUGGGCGGCGGGAUCCGCUAGGCUGGGCGAGCGGUCCCCAGCAUGAAGCCCGGAGUCACCAUGCCUGCGCCCUCGCCUCACCGCCGGCUUCCCUGCUAGAAGGACGAGGGGACGUGGUGAAUGCACCGGCUCCGCCGAGCGAGCGAGAGCAGAACCUUGCGCGGGGACUGGCCUGGGGUGCACCAUGGCUGAUGCAGACGAAGGCUUCGGCUUGACGCACACACCUCUGGAGCCUGAUUCGAAAGACCUGUCCUGCGACCCCAAAGCUGAGAACGCCUUAGGAGCCCCCAGCAAGUCUCCGUCAUCUCCACAGGCCGCCUUCACCCAGCAGGGUAUGGAAGGAAUCAAGGUUUUUCUCCACGAAAGAGAACUGUGGCUGAAAUUCCACGAAGUGGGCACGGAAAUGAUCAUCACGAAGGCCGGAAGGCGGAUGUUUCCCAGUUACAAAGUGAAGGUGACCGGCCUGAAUCCCAAAACCAAAUACAUUCUCCUCAUGGACAUCGUGCCUGCUGAUGACCACAGAUACAAGUUCGCAGAUAAUAAAUGGUCUGUGACCGGCAAGGCUGAGCCUGCCAUGCCCGGCCGCCUCUAUGUGCACCCGGACUCGCCGGCCACUGGCGCGCACUGGAUGCGACAGCUGGUCUCCUUCCAGAAGCUGAAGCUCACCAACAACCACCUGGACCCAUUUGGGCACAUUAUUCUAAAUUCCAUGCACAAAUACCAGCCCAGAUUACACAUCGUGAAAGCAGAUGAAAAUAAUGGAUUUGGUUCAAAAAACACGGCGUUCUGCACCCACGUUUUUCCGGAGACGGCGUUUAUCGCGGUGACUUCCUACCAAAAUCACAAGAUCACGCAGCUGAAGAUUGAGAACAACCCCUUCGCCAAAGGUUUCCGGGGCAGCGACGACAUGGAGUUGCACAGAAUGUCAAGAAUGCAAAGUAAAGAGUAUCCCGUGGUCCCCAGGAGCACAGUGAGGCAAAAGGUGGCCUCCAACCACAGCCCUUUCAGCAGCGAGCCCCGAGCUCUCUCCACAUCUUCCAACUUGGGGUCCCAGUACCAGUGUGAGAACGGCGUCUCCGGCCCCUCCCAGGACCUCCUGCCUCCGCCCAACCCGUACCCGCUGCCCCAGGAGCACGGGCAGAUCUACCACUGCACCAAGAGGAAAGAUGAGGAAUGUUCCACCACAGACCACCCCUACAAGAAGCCCUAUAUGGAGACAUCCCCCAGCGAAGAGGACUCCUUCUACCGCCCCAGCUACCCCCAGCAGCAGGGCCUGAGUGCUUCCUAUCGGACAGAGUCAGCUCAGCGGCAGGCCUGCAUGUAUGCUAGCUCUGCGCCACCCAGCGAGCCUGUGCCCAGCCUGGAGGACAUCAGCUGCAACACGUGGCCUGGCGUGCCCUCCUACAGCAGCUGCACGGUCACCACGGUGCAGCCUAUGGAUAGGCUGCCCUACCAGCACUUCUCUGCUCAUUUCACCUCAGGGCCCUUGGUCCCACGGCUGGCUGGCAUGGCCAACCACAGCUCCCCACAGCUGGGAGAAGGAAUGUUCCAGCACCAGACCUCCGUGGCCCACCAGCCUGUGGUCAGGCAGUGUGGGCCUCAGACUGGCCUCCAGUCCCCCGGCAGCCUGCAGCCCCCCGAGUUCCUCUACUCUCAUGGCGUGCCCAGGACCCUGUCCCCACACCAGUACCACUCUGUGCAUGGAGUUGGCAUGGUGCCUGAGUGGAGCGAGAACAGCUAAAGGUAGGCUGGCCUCAAAACAGACAUUUGCCAGGGAGAGAGAAAGAGAGAGACAAUAAAUAGCAAAGUCAACCCCACAGACAGAGGCUUCAUUUCCCCCCGUGUUCGCAUCUACACUAGAGGCCACUGGACACUGAUGCCAUGGGUAGCUUGUGACCACCAUUCAAAAAGAUGUGACUCUGUUGUUUCGUCUCAAGACCUAAAACAAAAACAAAAGACGCGACACACCCCCAGUGCCCCUUCAUGGACCAGUCCUGUUCAGGCUCUCCGGGAUGUCUUUCCAGAUUCUUUCCUUUGGGUUCCAGAAUACCUGGCCUCGUUGAGUGCUUUAUCAUGAUGCACAGGGGAGUCUUUCUCUGUCUUGAUGUUAAUGUCAACUUUGUUAUAUAAUAAAUAAUAAUAUAUUUUUUUCUUCUAAUUUCCUUAAUGGGACCCAGUCCCUUAUUAGAGGGAGAUCAGAGGCAAGUAUAGUUCAAACUAUGGACUUGUGGGCUUUCUUCCACACCCACCAGCCCUAAAACUGUCAUUCACCACCCUCCUCUGCCUAAGAAAAGCACCUACCUCUGCCACGGGAUGUUUAGGAAAGGGGUUCCCACUCCCCAACUGGCUUUGUGAUUUUGUGCUGCCGCCUGUGAUCCUGAUGCUCACUUUCGGCCUCUGUUUAUGGAUGGAGUUAGGAUAAGGCUGGGCUCCAUCCGACGUCCUAUCUCCCCCUGGCUUCCCAGCUUCGGGUCGCUCCAGCCGUCUGUCACUACAUCGUGGCCUAUAGCUUCCUGUCCGGAAAUCUUGCUUUGAAAAACUUAAAAAGCCCUGGUUUACAUGUGGGCAGGACUGACCGUGAUAAGCAGGGUACAAGCUGUGUGCUGACAAGAAUUGUGACAAAAUGCCAAAAGCAAUAUUCUUCUCGAUAACAAACAAAAGCCGGCCCCGAGCUUCCAAGAUUCCAUCACCAGUGAUCCACCAGGGAUACAAAGGACAACCUGCGACUCCUCAAGACACAAGAUGCACUCGCUGCAGUCUUCUCUCCAGGGCAAUCUCUCCAAUGCCAACACAACGUUGUGUGUACUGAGAGCAGAAAACAGUGUUAGGAAGAAGUGUGUAAGUAACACCUUAUGGUAGGGCUCCUCAGAUGUAAUAAUUUACUUGUACUAUUUAUUUAUAAAUGGGAAUUCAAAUUAAGUAAUAACCUGUAAGCCCAGCAUGGGAAUUGACCAACAGCUUUUAAUUUUAUUGAUACUCGAAUCCAAGUUUGUGUUUCUCCUUU